AUGUCAAAAAAGCCAUUUUUAAUAAAAGUUUUGAUGGAGCUGAAGCGCAAAUUUACAACGAACUCUGCCAAAAUUGAAAUCGUCGACUAUUACUUUAGCCACAAGGACCAGGGGGUUACUAUGAGAGAAGUUGCAGAGAAAUUCCAUCUGAACUCUCAUGCCUCUCUAGUUGAUUGAAUCAAAAACAUUGACAAGCUUCGGGAAUCAGAGCCAGCCGCUAAAAGGGUAAAGGUAGAGCCUUUUACGCAAUUUCCAAUUCUAGAGAAAGAGCUGAUUCAUUGGUUGAUUGCUGUGAGACAGCAGGGUCAUACUGUCUUAAGAGUGACUAUCGAAAAGAAAGCCAGAGAAUUGGCGAGAGAAUUGAGCUUGCCGCGAUUCCAAUGCGGUCAAGGAUGAUGGGAAGGAUUCAAGACAAGAAAUAAUCUGGCCUACCGUAAGGUCAACGCAUCCAGUCUUAAGCCUCUAGAACGAGAAGCAGAACUUGUUAGAGACUAUCUGGACGAGCUGAUGAAUCUUCUCGACAUUUAUCCUUCCUCUAUAUUUACAAUUUCGAUGAAACCAGAUUCGACUGGGAUGUCUGUAGCCUAUGAUUUCAAAGGUGCUCAAAAAGUUGUGGGUAUCCAAUCAGCUAAAGCCAAACACUCAAUCACUGUGAUGCUUUUGAUCAGAGCAGAUGGUAAAAAGUUUCCUGCGUUGUUGAUCUUUCAAGAGAAAACUGGCAAGAUUCCAUUUCGUGUAUAUGAGCACUUAACUAUCCCUAACAACAUCGUUGUCUAG